AUGUCACCCUUAGUACGGUCCAUUUUAAUAUUCUCUGCCAUCGUCAACCAGAAUCUGAUAAUCUGUCAGAGUGAUGUAUCGAUCAUGCAGAUCCCUAUAAUAAAUUUGCUGAUGCAAUCCGCUGCUCCUAAUUAUACACCCAAGAAUUCUGGUGACCUGUUCGAUAUAUUAAGGGACAAGUAUCCAUUGCCUGAUGGUCUAAAGUCGCCAUUACCUGAAUACGACUACAUCAUAGUUGGAGCUGGUUCUGCUGGAUGUGUGCUAGCAGCCCGUCUCACUGAGGAUCCUAACGUCAGCGUGCUUGUAAUAGAAGCCGGUAAACCAGAGAACUACUUCACUGAUGUACCGUCUUUAGCACCUUACUUUCAACUCACGGAGUAUGCCUGGCCAUAUUUUAUGGAACCACAGCCUGGUAUAUGUUUAGGUCUUAUAAAUAAAAAAUGCUAUUGGCCAAGAGGGCGGGCUGUAGGAGGCACUAGCGUCAUCAACUACAUGAUCUACACCAGAGGCCGGCCUGAGGAAUGGGACAGCAUGGCGAAUGCUGGGAAUUAUGGAUGGUCCUACGCCGAAGUUCUGAAGUACUUCAUGAAAACUGAAGAUGCUCAUUUAAAAGGUUAUGAAAACUCCCCUUACCGCGGCGUUUCCGGUGAGAUGAACAUCGAAUUCCCAAGCCUCAGAUCCCCAUUAAUAGAAGCGUUCUUGGAAGCAGGGCGAAUAUUAGGAUCUCCCACAAUAGACUAUAAUUCUCCAGAUCAACUCGGGUUUGGAUACGUGCAAACAAAUAUCAAAGCUGGCAAGAGACAAAGUGCUGCCAAAAUAUUUCUACGACCAAACAAAAAACGAAGGAAUUUACACAUACUACACUCAACUACAGUGACCAAAGUUUUAUUAGACGAACUUACACGAACAGCUUAUGGAGUGGAAUACGUAAGAAAUCGAUUACAAAAUAAGGUAACAGCGCGACGAGAAGUUAUCGUUUCAGCUGGACCCAUAGCUUCGCCACAGUUACUAAUGCUAUCAGGAAUAGGACCAGAAGAACAUCUCAGAAGCCACGGAAUAGCAGUUAUAAAAAAUUCACCAGUAGGUCGAACGCUUUAUGAUCACAUAAGCUACCCGGGGUUGGUGUUCACUCUAAAUACCACAAAUAUAGCUUUCAACGAAAACAAAGAUGGUUCUAUUGCGAAUUUUCUAGAAUGGAUGCAGUUCGGUGACAAUAUAGUUGCAAGUCCAGGUGGAGUAGAAGGCCUUGGAUACAUUAAAAUUAUUGCUGAUGGGCAAGAUAGAAUACCGGAUAUUGAAUUAAUUAGUCUUGGCGGUUCAAUAGUGGCAGAUGGAGGGCCUAAAGGAAGCAAAGCGGCAAGACGAGGAAUGAUGAUUUCUCCAGAAAUAUUUGACAAAGCGUUUGGCGCAAUAGACAAUACAGAAACAUGGAAUGUGUUUCCCAUGCUGCUUCAUCCAAAAUCUGUAGGUUAUCUAGAAUUAAAAGACAAAAAUCCUUUUAGUCAUCCUCGUAUAUAUGGCAAUUACUUAGCACAUCCUCAAGAUAUAGUGACAAUAAUUGCUUCGAUACGCUAUGUACAAGCUUUGGCGGCGACGCCACCGUUCCAACGUUUUGGUGCGAGGUUACAUAGGGCGGAGUUCUCGGCGUGCCAAGAUAUGCCUUAUGACUCAGAUGAAUACUGGGAGUGUGCACUGCGAAUUCUCACUAUAACACUUCACCACCAAAUUGCAACAUGUCGAAUGGGCCCAGUUUCUGACCCGCUGGCAGUUGUGGAUCCAGAGUUACGAGUUCACGGUGUAAACCGGCUUCGUGUGGUCGACUCAAGUAUUAUUCCUCACACGAUUUCGGCGCACACACAUGCCCCGGCUGUCAUGAUUGGCGAGAAGGCUGCAGAUAUGAUUAAGGCCACGUGGGGUGGUUAG